AGCUUAAUGAAGAAUGUAAACAGAGCAAGUUACUUUUACUUUGGAAAGAAUGUACAUGGAAUUAAUCUAAUUUGAACGUGUACGCACUGCUGAUAAAAGGCCUUGAAAUUCAUAGUCAUGAAAUGCAUCAAAAGGACAUUGUCAGUCAAUGGCAAACUUCCAAAUUUUGUUGAAGAUGAAUGUGAUAUUCCAACCAUCUUAAACUCUCAUGAAAUAAAAGUACAAGUAAAAGUAUGUGGUUUAUCGUUGGUGGACGAAAAGAUCCUACAUGAUUUAUAUAAGAAGUCAAUUAAAGAAGAGUUCCCUUUGGGUCAUGAUGUAGCAGGAAUAGUUGUUGAUAUUGGUGAAGCAGUAACACAUGUUAAUAAAGGAGAUCAUGUUGUAGGCAUACUACCUUUAGACAGUAAAUAUUCUGGUUGUGGAGAAUACUGUAUUUUUCAAGAAUACAAUGUUGUAAGGAAACCACAUCAUCUAAGUUUUGAAGAAGCUGCAGCUAGUAUUGGAGAUUGUGUUAAAGCCUAUACAGCAUUAUAUUAUCUUGGAAGAGUGGGAGUAGGUGAUACAGUCUUAGUUAUAGAUGGUGCUACUCAUUUUGGUAGUAUAACUAUCCAAAUCGCUCAACACUGGGGCGCAAAGGUUAUAGCAACUUACAGUAGUUCUGAAGAAAAACAGUAUCUAGAUACUCUACAGCCUAUACAAACUAUAGAAUUAAACAAGAAAAAUAAUGUUCUUGCUAGUAAUAUACGAGAGGAAACAGGUGGCAUUGGUCUGAAUUGUAUCAUUGAUAAUGGAGUUCGAUUGUUCACUGACGAUGAAGAUAUUACAUUAUGUAAUGAAGUAUAUAAAUAUCCUCUUCCUCAUAAACAUGAUGUCAUAUCCUGUCUUGGUUUCUCUGGCCGAUGGAUAACAUCUAAAUCAGAUUUACAGCUAGAUCCACCAGAUUGUCAACAGUUGUUUUAUCGUGGAGCCAGUCUCAGUUUCUUAUUUCAUCAUUCCUGGAUAUUGACAAAUUGUCAACAAGGCAAAUAUCAACAUGUACUUAAAGAUAGUAUGAAGAAGAUAGCUGAUGGAAUUAUUAAAUGUAAAAUUACAGAAACAGUAAAGUUUGACAAUGUGAUGAGUGUUCUAAAGAAUCUACCUAACCAAAGAGUUGGAAAAACUAUACUUACAUUUUAAAAAUUGUUAAGAGUGCUUCCUUAUUGAACCUGUGUUAUUAAAUAAAUUAUUUAAAUUUU